AUUUUGAACGUGAAGCGGUUUAAUGUCGUGUUGCUUUUACAGAAGUUACAUUUAAAUAAUCUCUAGAAGGAAUCUGCAUGUCGACAACACGAUCGGAAGUAAACGUCCAAGAUGAACGCAAGAGGAAAAAAUGGGCCGGUUUUAUCAAGACAUACAGUAAACGAAUGCGAAAGGUGGAGCCUUGGAUCUCGCCUGACCUAAGGAAAGCAGCUUUCUCUUUUUCAAGCACUCUUUCCUCAGAUCAGUCGAUACAAGAGACCCCAAAGCCCAAGAAAAGGAGAAUAAAAGAAACUUCCUCCCGCACCACUAAGACUAAAGUGAUGGCUGCCAUAAAGGAAAAUAAAAGUGAUGAAGAAAACUAUUCACCAUCCAUACCUUCCAGAAAGAAGAUCAAUACAAAACCAUCAGUAAAGACUACAGCUAUGAAAAAGCUUCGAACCACAAAGAGGGCAAAAAAAAGUACACAAUUAAUUCUCAGCAGCAGUGAAAAUGAUGACGACUCCAUUAUGAUAAACAAUGUCAGUUCAAAAACUUCUGCUAAUGAAUGUGCUGGUAAUGACAAGAGAGUUUUAAAUCCUUAUUUGGGCAAGUUUGUCACAAGUCGCAGAAGACCACUGCCACCCAUCCAAACCAAGCAAAUUGCUGUUGUUCUUCACCACACAUUAAAUUCAUCGGAUGAUUUCCUCCCGUCAGUCUUCCAAAAGAAGCGCAGGAAGACUGUGUGCAUGAAAAACUACGACUCAAAUAAACAUGCUGCUCACAAAUGCUUGCAGAACCGUGUACCUCUGGCUGAGGUAUCUUUUAAUGACAGUGAUGACCAGCAUCUCCCAAGUAAAUGUCCCCUUCUGUCCAGCACCCCUUCUCUGGUCUGCAGACAGCUGCAAAACUUACCAGAGCCCUCCAUCAGUGAGAUCUCCUCCCUCAGCUUUGAUGAAUCUGGACAACCGGCAGAAAACAACAACAACCGUUCUAAUGGUUUGGAGUAUGUCAAAGAGUGCGAUAUCAUUCCACAGGCGAACACUAAGCAACAGCUCCCAAGCUCUGGCGUCUCUUCUGAGAGAGUCAUAGAACUGAACGAGGGAGAAAAGGAUAUAACUGAGGAAAGGAAAGACGACGAUAGAGAGAUGGUUCAGCAUAAAAGAAGACACUCAGAGGCCACAUCUGCUCAGACACACACAGAUUUUGGUUGUGUCUCACCACAAUCACAACUACAAUCUUUAGCAGAAGAGCUAAAAGAGAGGUGUCACAAAGUGAAGACAGCCGUAAUGGUCAAAAAAAUAGAUGUCUCAGACCAUUUAUCAAUGCUGAGCUGCAGCAAGAAACAGGAAGAGAAGACUGCCUUAAACUCUUUGGAGUCGUUCGUGCCAGCGGACAUUCUGAACAGCCAAACUUAUAUAACUGUAUCAUCCAGCUGCUCUACACCAUCGAAAUCAUCCAUCUAUAUCUCCUCCUCUAAAUCUCUCUCCACUACCCAUUUACCAGAAGCAAACCAGUCGCUUAUUGAACGUCUAAAGGCUGAAUGUCUGUUAUCUUCCCUCGCAGUUUGCAUUCCUCGUCUUGACUUGGAUGUGUAUUCUUUUAUCCCACAAGGGGUGACAAAAGCACCCUGCACUGAUAAUUCAUACAUCUGCCACAAGGACCCUGCCACUUCCCCAACUUUAAAGAAGGCACAGCAUGUUAUCCUAGACAGUCCAAUAAAUCACAGGACUCCCAGUAAUUUGAAAGCGGUUGUCCAAAACUUGUUUAUACCAUUUCAACCACCUACGGUCUCUCCACCUGCCUCUGCAGCUUAUAGCAAAACACGACCGCCUAUUGUGACUAAAGAACGCACUGGUACUGGCACGGGUCGUAAAGUUUGUGUUAGUGGACUGAAUGUCAGCCGGUGGUCUAAGAAGGGUGCUGGAGACUUCCAAGAUAAAAGGAGGAAAAGGGAAGGCAGAACAAAGGCUGCUUCAGGAGACUACAGUUCAUGGGGCAGUAUGUUGUCUACUGGAGCAGACACCUUUGUAAGGGAAUCUGCAUGUGGCAUGAUGCAGGGCACCAGUGGGAUGAGUCUGGCUGUGACACCUCUCAGACUUGAGCAAAUGAAUCUCACUUCUUUUCUGGCCAACUUCACUCCUGACAAUCUCACAACGCACUCCUGGGGAAGACUAAAGGCAGCACUUUCCCUGCAUAAGAAAAAAACUGCAUUUCCCACCCCACGGCGCUUGGCUCAGUCUCACCUGAAGUCCCCUGGCAUUGGAUUUCCAGCAGACAACAGUCUAGACCUUUUUGCUUCGCCUUUCUGCACACCAUCCAGAAUCAAAACUUCACAGAUGGUCCAGUCCACUAUGAACACCCCCAUGACUACAUUUGACGAGGAUAUCAGUGAUGCAGAAAAGGUAUAUCAGGAAUGUCAGCAGAGCGGCCCACUUUCGUUUAGUGAUUGCAUCCCUCCUGCUCGCAUGAAGUACCUCAAUAAAAUUGGUGAAGGGACUUUUGGAGAGGUCUUCUCAACUAUAAAUGAUUCCAAUGAAAGUGUCGCUCUCAAAAUCAUCCCAGUAGAAGGCCGUCAGCAGGUCAAUGGUGAACAUCAGAAAACAUUUGGUGAAAUCCUUCAUGAAAUCAUCAUUUCCAAAGAGCUGAGCAGCCUUAACCUGAAGGAGUUUAACAAGUCAGAUGGUUUCAUUGGACUUAACAACCUACAUUGUGUCCGUGGAUGUUAUCCUGAAGCUCUGCUUAAAGCAUGGGACAAGUUUGACCAUCAGAAAGGAUCAGAGAAUGAUCGACCUGAUUUCUUUGAUGCCGAACAGCUGUUUUUAAUCCUGGAGUUUGAAUUUGGAGGAAGUGAUCUGGAAAACAUGAAUGGCAAGCUAUCCUCUAUGGCCCAGGCCAAAAGUGUGCUACAUCAAGUCACUGCAUCUUUGGCUGUAGCUGAACAAGCGCUUUGCUUUGAACACAGAGAUCUUCAUUGGGGGAACAUACUGGUGAAGAACGUCAAGCACAAGCAGAACGAGUUCAUUCUGAAUGGAACAGUACAUUGCAUUGAGACACGAGGGGUUCACGUCAAUAUUAUUGACUACUCGCUCUCACGCCUGGAAAUUGAUGGACUGACCGUAUCAUGCGACAUCUCUUCUGAUGAGGAGUUGUUUAUGGGUCAGGGAGAUUAUCAGUUUGAAAUCUACCGUCUAAUGAAGAAAGAAAACAAAAACUGUUGGUCAGCGUAUAAUCCUCAUUCCAAUGUGCUGUGGCUGCACUAUCUGGCUGAUAAACUUUUGAGCAUGAACUACAGGAACAAAACCCAAUCCAGCCAGCAGAGGACGCUGAAGAGUUCCCUCAAUGCUUUUAAGUCAGAGAUAAUGAAUUAUCCGUCAGCUACAGAAGCUCUUAUGAAAUGCAGUUUCUUUCAGUGAAACGGCUGUUUUAAUUCCCCCAGUUAAUAGACCUGUAUAUUUAGAAGGAUCAAUCCAGGACCAAUAGAAUGUUCCACUAUUUUGUAAAAAAAAUAUUAAGAUACAAAUAAAGAAAAUGUGCAAUCAUGCAAUUAAAAAAAAUUAAUUUAUUGAUACACAUCA